AUGCUUUCGCGGAGGUCAUUGGCAAUUCUGGCGGCGCUGGCCCUCUUCGCCUUCUGCCAGGUGGCUGCAGACCUGCACGUCGAGACGGCCGACCCAAAGAUCCCCGCAUUUCAGCUGUCGCCUGCUCAGAUCGAGCAUAAGCUCCAGGAGUGUCCCAUUGUGGAAGAGCUGAAUGCGCACAAGACCGCGACCGCCCCGCCCACCGGAAGCUUGACCUCGCGCAUUUUCGCCGUUCUCUUCCCCGGCAGCCCUGCCGUCAAUGCCCUCCUCGCGACCCUGUACAUCUCGGGUCCCCCGAAUUUCCUGCUGGCCCUAUGCCCUCCCAACAUCGACCCGUCUUCGCUCAGCGUCAUGGUCGCAUUUGCUGUGGGUGGGCUAAUGGGUGACACCUUGUUCCACCUGCUGCCUGAGAUUUUUCUUGGCGAAGAUGAGCCUGACAGCGUCAAGUUCGUAAUGCUGGAACCGAACAAAAAUCUUCUGCUGGGCGUGGCUAUAAUGGUUGGCUUCAUGACCUUCGUAGCCAUGGACAAGGGACUCAGGAUCGCAACUGGAGGCGAGGAUCCCCAUGACCAUUCUCACGGUCACGGCCAUGCACAUGAAGAGAAACCCGUCGCGUCUUCCAGCGGCAUCGAGGGCAAAGAUGAAUCCACACUUCGCUCCCGAAGGUCCGAGUCCAACUCAGCCGUCUCGGCGCCAGCAAAGAAAGAAGAGCCGUCGUCCAGCGUCAAGCUCGGAGGCUAUUUAAACCUCAUUGCUGACUUCAGUCACAACAUCACUGACGGGAUUGCGCUGUCUUCAUCCUUCUACGCUUCUCCGACGCUCGGAGCAACCACUACAGUGGCCGUGUUCUUCCAUGAGAUUCCGCACGAAGUUGGUGACUUCGCACUCCUGGUCCAGUCCGGCUUCAGCAAGCGUGCCGCUAUGGGUGCCCAGUUUGUCACCGCCGUCGGGGCUUUCUUGGGCACGCUUAUUGGCAUUGCUGUCCAAGAAUUCGGUGGUUCCUCUACCGGCACUUCUGCCGGAACAUCUGGCGGUCCAGGGCUGUUUGGCACUAGCCUUCAGUGGGGAGACAUGCUGCUUCCUUUCACCGCCGGUACUUUCUUGUAUGUUGGUACCGUCGCCGUCAUUCCGGAACUGCUGGAGACGGGGCCCGACAAAGGCGCAGAACUCAAGAAGAUUCUGACGCAGUUUGUUGCUAUUGCUACGGGUGCUGGCAUUAUGCUUGCCAUCUCUUGGUCGUAA